AUGCUUGCUCCGGUUGUUCCUUCUCCUACUAUCGCUUUUUCCUCCCUAGAGAAACCCCAACUAAGGCAAAGCCUCGUUGAGGGCCUGGAGAAGCUUGAUAAAAUAGGAAACCUCUCAUCGGAGGCCACCUCGCUGCUAGAGGUUUUCUAUAGAGCCGCAGAAAGCUCGGCUGGCAUCACAUUUUAUCAAUCAAAUGGUUCUGAAGUCACAUCGAAGCGUCUAACUUACCAAGACCUCCUGGAUCAAGCUUUGAAUGAUGCAGGAAUUAUCCAAAGGCUGAGUGAUAACCUAGAACGGGAUAGUGUUUUCUUAUUACACUUUGACACGCAUGAGGAGAACAUUCGCUGGUUCUGGGCUGUGACAGCAGCGGGAUACUUGCCUUGCAUUGUGCCCAAGUUUGCCUCAUCCGACGAGCGACGAAUUGCCCAAGCAGAACAUAUUCUGCGCUUACUUGACGGACCAAUCAUUCUUACCAGUGGUCGUAUGGCAUGCGCCUUUAAAGAUGUGGAAGUCAAGGCAUUGCAUCGCAUGGACGAUGUUGUGCAUAAAGCCACAUCCUUAAACUCGGCCAUUCCACCAUUGACACGCAAUCAGCGCGAAGAUGACCUCGGGGCUCUAAUGCUGACAUCUGGCAGCACGGGCUUCUCCAAGGCUGUGUGUCUGCGUCAACCGCAAAUGCUGGCUUCAGCGGCUGGUAAGGCGGCACAUUGUGGUGCCACACCUCAGGAUGUGUUUAUGAGCUGGAUUGCGUUCGACCAUGUGGUCAAUCUUGUUGAGAUGCAUUUACAUGCCAUGCGACUGGGGGCAGAGCAAAUCCAGGUAUCUACCGAAGAGAUACUGAAGAAUCCGCUUCGCUUCCUUGAUUUGGUUGACCAGCACCGUGUAUCACUGAGCUUUGCUCCCAACUUCUUUCUGGCACUAUUAUCCGAACGUGUAUCUUGUGCAGAUUUUGACAAGGAGUCAGUAUCCUGGGAUCUCUCAUCUCUCCGCUGUGUGUUCUCUGGUGGAGAAGCCACAGUGCGGCAGAUGGCAGCAAACCUCUCUCGCGCACUCCAACCUUUUGGAGCUCAACCUUUCAUCCGCGCUGGCUAUGGACUGACCGAGUCUUGUGCCGGUAUGAUUUGGGAUGUGAUUGAUCAUACCGUCGAUGACCUUUAUAAUGCCCCCGGCGAAUUUCUUACUUGUGGUUUACCCAUCCCUGGGGUGAAGAUGCGUGUGAUUUCCGAUAUCACUGGAAAGGAGGCGAAGGCAGGCGAAGAAGGUACUCUACAGCUGUAUGGUGCCGUUAUGUUCAGGGAAUACUACCGUGACCCAGUAGCUACCCGUUCAGCUUUCACUGAUGAUGGCUGGUUCAUCACAGGAGAUAACUCCUAUCUAGACGAACGUGGCCAGUUGUACAUUACCGGGCGAACCAAAGAUACUUUACUAAUCAAUGGUCUUACCAUAUUCGCCGUGGAGGUUGAGCAUAGCAUCGAACAAGCACUUAUUCCAGGUGUGACACCGAGUUAUACGCUAGUCUUCGCCCACCGACCUGCAGGAGCCGUGACCGAGUCAUACUGUGUUCUGUAUCUCGCCAGCUACGACCAUGAUGACGACGAUGCCAGGGUACAGGCCAAUGAUGCCAUUGAGCGCAUUGCCAGUCUGGUUGUUCACGUCAAGCCUGCCGCGAUUCUUCCCAUUGCUCGCAGCCACUUCGAGAAAACUUCCUUGGGAAAACUAUCUCGUGCUCAUUUCAGACGUCUCUUUGAAAAUGGUACACUUGAUCCAGAACGCGAAUUCCAUGUAUCGCGUCUUCAGGCAUACCGUCAGGCUCAUCGCCAACCACCCUCCUCUGAAAUUGAGCAAACCAUUCUCGAUAUCGUCUGCAAGCGUCUCUCUGUAGACCCCAACGAGGUCAGCGUUACAACCAAUCUGUUCCAGCUUGGUCUCUCCUCCCUGGACUUUUACACGGUCACUCAAGACCUCCACCAUACAUUCAACGCCCGCGUUACUCUUCCCGAACUUCUUGCCGAUCCCUCUAUCUCUGGCCUCUCUCAACGCAUCUCCGCCUCGAUGAGCGAUACCAAUACAGAAUAUAACCCAGUCGUCUGUCUCCAACCACACGGCUCAAAGACUCCGCUGUGGCUCGUUCAUCCAGCUUCAGGAAAUGUUCUCAUCUUCACGGCCCUCGCACGAGCAUUCCACGACCGCCCCGUAUAUGCAUUCCGCGCUCGUGGCACUCAGCCUGGCGAACCAUUAUUCACCAGUUUUACCGAGAUGGCGGAUGAAUACACUGCUGCACUCCUGAAGAGUCAGCCCGAGGGUCCUUACGCUAUAGCUGGGUACUCACUUGGAAGUAGCAUCGCAUUCGAGAUCGCCAAGCGACUCGAAAGUACCGGUGCUGAAGUUCGUUUUUUGGGUGCCUUAGACGGUCCACCGGAUAUUGCACCGCUAGUAGGCGAUCUUACUUGGACCGAAGCCUUGGUAAUGAUUGGCUAUUUCUAUGAGUUGAUCUCAGAGAGGAGAUGUAUCGAGUUGAUGCCAGAGCUGAAAGAUGAGCCUGCCGAUUAUGCUUUGGAUUAUGUUCUUCGUGAAGCGAAUCCACAGCGGGUGAAGGUUUUGGGCUUGGAGAGAGCUGAACUGAUCCAUGUUACCGAUAUCACGCAUGGCUUUUGUAGUUCGGCUGGAAAGUGGAUGCCUGCUGGAACAGUGCAGUCUCCUGUGGAUGUCUUUGCAGUAGAGCCUUUAUUGACAGUCACGGAUAAGAAGGAUGUUUGGAUUAGACAUUAUCUUGGGAAGUGGCAAGCAUUGACUAAGGAAGGCAUGACGGUGCAUUCUUGCGAAGGUCGCCAUGCUGAUAUGCUAGGACUGGAGUUUGUGAAUUCUUUGGCCUUGAUUUUGCGGAGAGUAUUAUCUGAGCGUGGUGCUUAG